CUUCACCCUCGUAGAAAUGCCGAUCCUUGAGGGCGAAGGUCCUGUGACUGCCACCACACUGAAACAUGUGGUCCAGGACCAAGUGACCCUAAUGAUGCAGGUGAGACAGACCUUGCAACCCUCAAGGUCCCUACUAACUUUGAGCUGGAACACAUCGCCAUCCGGCUGGUGGCAAAAUACCCUAGGCUAAAGUUGGAGGAGGGUGCAGCUCAGGAUGCCCAUAUGGAGACCACGACACCACUGACUCAGAUGGAGACCACGACACCACUGACUCAGAUGGAGACCACGACACCACUGACUCAGAUGGAGACCACGACACCACUGACUCAGAUGGAGACCACGACACCACUGACUCAGAUGGAGACCACGACACCACUGACUCAGAUGGAGACCACGACACCACUGACUCAGAUGGAGACCACGACACCACUGACUCAGAUGGAGACCACGACACCACUGAAUCAGAUGGAGACCACGACACCACUGGAUCAGAUGGAGACAACUCUGCCCCCAGGUCUACUGGGGCAAAAAAGCCACGCAAGACCCCGCCACUUCCAACUCCGCCACUUCCAACCAUGGAGCCAGCGGGAGGGGCAUCAGGCACCCAUGGACAGCUGAUCGGCAUCACAAGUAAUAUCGAAAGCUAAGAGGCUAGACGUCUGCUCAACCCUGUCUUUGGCCCAGAGCAUCCGCGUGCGGGCACAACUGAUGACGUGGAAUGCUUCUUCUCCAUUCUCCACCACAAGACAGCUGGGCAGGCAGUGACUUUCAAAGAAUUCAAGCAGUGGUGGAGGAAGCUUGUUUUGUGAGUAUUUACCUGGUUGUUUAAAGUUCACCAAUGAUUGACCUAAGAAUUUGUUAACUCAAUAAGGCAUACUAGUACUUAACAAGGUUCAAAUGCUUUUUUUUUGUGCUUUCUCUAUGCAAUAUGCUACAUGUCAUCUAGUCAUCAGACUAAUGUGUGUACGGGAUAUGUUACAAUGUAUGUACGAACUGAAAAGCUAUUAGUCACUGACAAGGUUAUUCUUCACUUAUUUAGGCAGUUCAGGGAAAUGGUAUCCUUCUGACGUGCCCUCCGAGGAGGUUCCCAGGCUACAUCAGAUACGGUACCGGGUAAGGGAAGACAGCUCAAUCCUAGCGGCUGGAAGGGCAUUCCUCACAGCAAGACACCGACCGACACUCAGACAAAGUUUCCACAAGUUUGCUGUGGGUCUCCCUUCUGUGCUAGAGGACCUCCAAAGGCAUAUCUAAAAUGUAAUAAAUAACCACCCAGGCGGUGGUGACCCUACCGACGACCCGCCUCGAGAGACAGGUCAUACGACAGCGAAGUAAACUUAUCCAAUCGAAAAGAAGACUUGUCACAGUCAAUGGUUGCUAGGGUAUAAUCCUCCUAGCUUAGCUAUCACCAGAGCCGACGCUACUGUCCGGGAAGCAGACGAAGUGCUGAACGGAGCAAAAUUUAAGUAUUGGAUAUAGUGUUUGUGUCACCAAGACCUGAUCUGUCCAACUUCCGAUUUAAUUGCUGGUACCGGUAUUGAUGUGGUGACUCCUCUUGUGAAUUAAAAUCUUAAGGUUUGUUCUUGUAUGUGUCCACCGACGGUCAGGCCAUUACAAUCAAGCUGUCCAAACAACUGGAGACAACCAACACAAAACUUAAUGUUGUUGAUGCCUACAAUGCAGUGCAGUGGGCACCAACGAAUACAGAAUUCCCUACAUCUGUGGAGCUUCGGUAGGCAGCAGACCCCUCAUAUGCAUGCCGGGAACCAACAGUUUUGGUGUGUUUGCCAAUUUGCCCAUCUGUGCUUGACAGAAAGGCGCACCAUGAAAUGGACAACAAAGGUACAAUAGUAGAAUCUCUAGUAGGUGACUAUGCCCCACCUGGCAAGAUUAGCAUUAAACGGCGAUGCAGAUUUCCGUUUCGUAAACCGUCGUUGCCUUCGAGAACCGUCGUUGCCUUCGAGAACCGUCGUUGCCAUAUUUUUGAACGCUCGUUGCCUUAAUAACGGACGAUGCCAUUUCCGAGCGAAUUCCGAAUACUCGCGACGUGUUCGUGAAGUUAUUUACGUAACUUCUCGGAAUAAUUCUUAGAAUUGUGGGAAAUCGCAUUUCUGGAACACAUGCAAACAUGGCGUCAGAGGAAGAUCAAUCACGUGUUGCAGAAGUUCAGGCUGUAGAAGUUGCUGUUCCGUUGACGGGAUCAGAAGCGCAACCAAAGUCCAUCAAAAACCAUCAGGAUGGAACGCCUUUUACAACUCAGUUGCGGUGAGUCAUUACUUGCACUUUGAAAUGUUUCCCAAAUACUCUAUAAAGUAGAUUGUAUUAUUUACUUGCAACCAUACACCAGAAAAAAAACAAUUUCAAAAUAUAAAGUUAAACUGUUAUUUCUCAAUGCAUGGCCAGUCUUUGAAAUUCGGCAAACAAUCCACGGCUGGAGAUUGCAGACCCGGUGCAAGCAGAAGCUCAAUCAUCUACAUGGCCAUGGCCUGCAAUAUCUACCCCCUAACAAAAUGUGUGAUUGUGUGACAGGACAUGACCCUUGGUCCCAAAAUGUCUUUCAGUGUACAGGGUGUAAUACAGGAAUGCAUCCAGAAUGCUUCGCUGCCUACCAUAGGCGACCAAGGCCAAGGCCUUACUAGUUAGUGCCCUAACUAACAAGAUGACUCAGGUACAUAGUAUACAUUUCCAUGAUGUUGUGGAGAAAGUUGUAACUGUUCUGCAAUUCCCUUCCGACGAGCAAACACCCCACACGACGCGUACACGACCUCGGAGAGGUCUUCAUUGCCACAACGCCUACAAAGAAUUCCUGGUAAAGGACACCAAUGCACUACUCCUGUAUGAAUGUAUGGUCGAGUUUGGCUGGGAAAGUUUGGAAGGUUAGUGUACAGCACUACAAAUAAUCAUCACAUUUAUGUACUUCACUACAAAUAUUCAUUACUUCACAUGUGAAACAAAAUCAUAUUUGUGAGUCAAUAUUUUAUUUGUACAAUGUAUAUGAAAAGGGAUAAUUCUCAGAAAGUGUUUGAAUAAAUUCAACCGAUCCAGCUUCAACAACCGGUUCCACGUGAUCGUAUUUAACACGGGGAGGUGAUCAUAUGUGCAGCAGGUCGAUGGUUGUUAGCAAUGUUGCCUACUUGACUCUACUUGACUGUUGCCAGAGUGAAACAUGCAUUAGGUCUACAGCUGCAGAACUUCGUUACCGCUUUGAGAUAAAGAAGAUUCUCUACUACAAGGCACUGGGGAUGUCCUGGCAACAGUCUAUAUUGACCCAUGAAAAGGUUUUGUUGGCGCAUUCUUGUCUUAAAAGGAAAAUUCUUCAAUCAGGAAAUUCAAUGCUAGUUUGAAUUCAGUGUUGUAAUCUGGUGUCAAGCUGGAAAAUUUCUACAUUUUCUGCGCUUUUCAUUAAAUCUCUCUCAUUUACAUUUCCAUCAUUUAGAUUUCUGAACAAAGUAUCUGUGUGAUUAAACAAGUUACACGGUUCACCUUGUCAGCCAAACAGACUGGAGGCGUUGUUUUCCAAGCUGGACCUGAAGGCU